AUGAAAGCAGAAAAGAAAACCAAAGUCAAAUGUCUCGAUUCGGAUCAAGCAUGGAAACUCUUUGAGCAAAACAGCGAUGGGGAUGUUCUCAGCUCAGAUGCUGGAAUUAAGUUCGUUGCUGAAGAACUUGCUAAAGAAUGUGCAGGCCUUCCGCUCGCUCUUGUCACCGUCGCUCGUGCCAUGUCAGGGAAAAGGUCUUGGGAAGCUUGGAACGAUGCUCUCCAUCAAAUAAGAGAUAAACAUGAGUGGACAACCAUUGCACUUCAGGAAGAUUCACUCGUCAUGUAUAAAGCCUUCAAGCUGAGCUACGACAGUUUAGAGAAUGACUCCGUAAGAGAAUGCCUCUUGUGUUGCGCUUUAUGGCCUGAAGAUUAUGAGAUAUUCAAAUUCUCUAAGUUGAUACCGUGUUGGAUAGGUUGCGGCAUAAUCCAUGAAUUUAACGUGAUCAAUGAAGCUUUCGCCAAAGGCUACUCCCAUCUGGAAGCUCUCGGGGCUGCAUCCUUGCUAGAGAAAUGUGAUUCGGACAAAGUCGUAAAGAUGCACGAUGUCAUCCGAGACAUGACACUGUUGAUGGUUUCUGGGUUGAAGGGGAAUAAAAGAAAAUGGAUUGUAAAAGCAGGAAUCGGGUUGAGUGAUUUGCCUAGACAAGAAGAAUGGCAAGAAGCAGAGCGAGCAUCCUUCAUGAUAAAUGAGAUUACUUAUUUACAAGAGUAUGGAGCUCCCACUUUUCCAAAACUUUCUAUGUUGAUUCUCCAUGGAAACGAAAACCUGAAAACAAUUCCUCCGAGUUUAUUCGCAAGCUUGCCUCGUUUAACAUACUUGGAUCUCAGUGAUUGUUGUAUAACAGAGCUUCCCAAGGAGAUUUGUAGCUUAACUGAGCUUCAAUAUUUAAACUUGUCAGAUAAUCGUAUUAUAAGAUUGCUGAUUGAAUUUGGUUGCCUUAGCAAAUUAGAGUACUUGUUUCUAAGGUAUACUGGUCUUGAGACAGUAUCCAAUGGGACGAUAGCCAAUUUAUUAAUGCUCCAGUGGCUUGAUAUAAGAGGCAUUCCUCUUGCAUCUGAUUGGUGGUGGGAUGAGCUAAAAUGUUACAAAGGACGCCACCAAUUAAGUGUGGGAAUUCACAUUAAUGCUACAACAGAUAACAUUGAACGACUCAACAUGCUACCAUUAAAUGUCUCCGUAUGGGAACUCAUUUUGGAUGGAGAGCAUAUUUCAAAACUUCCAAGCUACGAUCUGGGCACUCCACAAUGGGGAUGUAGGGCCACCAAUUUCGAAAUGAAGCAUGGACCUUUUGGCCAAGGAGGCUAUAGGGCGUUCACUAUUUUGAUCGUCGACAACGGUCACAUUGUUGGAUUCUUUGGUUGGUUGGACAUGUAUCUAAAUUUGCUUGAUGAUUCCUAG